AUGAUCGUCUUCACCAAAAUAAAGAAACUUUUCGGGAAGUCCAGGAAAUUUGAAUACUGGGACCAGCUUCCUGCCAAAAUUCAAGUUUUGUGUAUUCAAAAAAUGGAUUUUAAGACAAGAACCUUCCUCCAAAGUACGUGUCGGAGCGAGCGGGACCGGGAAAAUCAGAUAUUUAGUGUCGAAAAGGUCGCCGAUUCGAUUCUGGUCAAAUUUUCCGAAUUCUCCGCCCCCAAAACCUACAGUAUCCUUGUCCUACCAUACAUCUUUUCCGCGGUUGUCGUCGAAAACUUCAAUUUCAACUUUUUCGACUGGAAAGACGGGAAACGAUUUCCAAAAGUUGAAAAACUGAUCAAAAAACAGCAGAGACCGCUUCGAAUCCAGAAGUUCCAGACGUGUGGUCUCAAUAGAUUCAAUAUAUUUUUUCUGAGACAUUGCUGGAAUCAAAUUGAGUGCAUUGAGCUGAACACCCAGUUUUGGGAGAUUUCGGCGGGUCUCACAGAGGCAGUCAAGUUGGAAGCGUUCACUACCGCCAAAAUGAUGCGAUUCAGUGCAUUGAAUGUGAUGCAAGGCUCGUUUUUGUUUGAGAAACUAAUAGAACUCGACAUAGCCGUCGGUCAACAAUUCAAAAUCGCCAACUGUCUUGCCGGAUCCCGUUACUUCAACCCAUUUCCAAUAGACUUAAGAGACCGAAAAUGGAGGAGUCGUGUGGUCGCCCGACACAAGUACACCCUGCUCCGUAUCCGAACCGACAACCCCGACAGGCAUAUCUUCAUGGCGACGGAUCCGUUCGAAAGUGGUUUCGCCUAUUGUACAGUAAUCCCGGCGGCGUUGAAAACUAACCAGUUGAAGGAUUAUUUGUAUUGGGCCUGA